CCCAGUGCCACUUUGCUCGCCCUCACUCACACCCAGAGUCGCAAGGCAGAGGAGUCUCACAAACGAGGACUAGAUCAACCCAGGCAAAAUGGUUAAAGUUGGUGUCAAUGGAUUUGGCCGCAUCGGGCGUCUGGUGACCCGUGCCGCUUUCCACUCCAAGAAGGUGGAAAUUGUGGCCAUCAACGACCCCUUCAUUGACCUGGAGUACAUGGUCUACAUGUUCAAGUAUGACUCUACCCACGGCCGUUUCCACGGUGAAGUCCAUGUUGAGGGUGACAAGCUGGUCAUCGAUGGACACAAAAUCACCGUCUUCCACGAGAGGGACCCCUCCAACAUCAAAUGGGGUGAUGCUCACGCAGAGUAUGUGGUUGAGUCCACCGGUGUGUUCACCACCAUCGAGAAGGCCUCUACCCACUUGAAGGGCGGUGCCAAGAGAGUCAUCAUCUCUGCCCCCAGUGCUGAUGCCCCCAUGUUCGUCAUGGGUGUCAACCACGAGAAGUAUGACAAGUCCCUCAAGGUUGUCAGCAAUGCUUCCUGCACAACCAACUGCCUGGCACCCCUGGCAAAGGUCAUCAACGACAACUUCGUCAUCAUUGAGGGUCUGAUGAGCACAGUCCAUGCCAUCACUGCCACCCAGAAGACUGUUGAUGGUCCCUCUGGAAAGCUGUGGAGGGAUGGCCGCGGUGCCAGCCAGAACAUCAUCCCCGCCUCCACCGGCGCCGCCAAGGCUGUGGCCAAGGUCAUUCCUGAGCUCAACGGCAAGCUGACCGGCAUGGCCUUCCGUGUCCCCACCCCCAAUGUGUCCGUGGUUGACCUGACUGUCCGCCUGGAGAAGCCUGCCAAAUAUGAGGACAUCAAGAAAGUUGUCAAGGCCGCAGCUGAGGGACCCAUGAAGGGAAUUCUGGGAUACACAGAGCACCAGGUGGUGUCCACCGACUUCAAUGGUGACACUCACUCCUCCAUCUUUGAUGCUGGUGCCGGCAUUGCCCUCAACGACCACUUUGUGAAGCUGGUCUCAUGGUACGACAACGAGUUCGGCUACAGCAACCGCGUGUGCGACCUGAUGGCCCACAUGGCUACCAAGGAGUAAACCAGCCAAUCUACCAAUCGGCUUUGACUGCGCUACGUCACCGCAUCUUCCCAAUUCCAGAGUUAUACAUCUACAUGACUAUUUGUAUUAUCUAUGGCUCUGUGCCUGAUUCCAUUGCAUAAAUAGCACUGUACCCAUUACAUGCCUGAGGAAUGGUCCCACAGAAAUCAAACAUUGGUUUUAAAUUCAUGACCAAUAUAUUUUUGUAUUUUAAAGUCCCAGUUCUGUUCUUGUGUGAGAUGGAGUGAAGGUGUGCGAGUCUUACUCUGACUGCGGUACUGAAGUACUGCACUCAGUUGUGGAAUAAAGUCCUCCGUUUGUGAGA